AACUAUUCUAAACGACACCGUUUUGCUCCUCCUUCUCAUCCCGCUAAACGCAGCACACAAGAACGAACUCGCUGCCGCGAAACCCUAGAACCCGAACGAGAAGAAAAGAAACCCAAAUAUGGCAAUCGCCCGAACUGGAGUCUACGUCGACGAUUACCUAGAGUAUGCAAGCACAUUACCGGCUGAGCUUCAAAGACUUCUCAAUACUAUCAGGGAACUCGACGAACGAUCCCAUUCAAUGAUAAACCAAACCAGGCAGCAAACAAAUUACUGUUUGGGAUUGGCAUUACAAGGCUCAAAGAGAGGGAAUGGUACUUAUAAUAACGGCAAUAAUGAAGAGGAUGAUGCUGUUGAGAGAAUGAGAAAGGAUAUGGAGGCAAAUCAGGAUAAUGCAUUGAGUUUAUGCACUGAGAAGGUUUUAUUGGCACGGCAAGCUUAUGACCUUAUAGACAGCCAUAUAAAACGACUGGAUGAAGAUCUGAACAACUUUGCUGAAGAUUUGAAGCACGAGGGAAAAAUAUCAGCAGAUGAGCCAGCAAUACUUCCCCCGCAACCUAUACUAGUCCCUAAAAUUGAAAAACGCAAGUUCUUUUAUGGAACACCAUCAAAAAGGAUUGAUUUCAGGGAGAGGGAAUGGGAUCGAGAACGUGAUAGGGAUUUUGAGCUCAUGCCACCUCCAGGGAUUAAGAAGGAUUUCAAUGUCUCUGUUGAUGUUGAUCAACCCAUUGAUCCAAACGAACCUACCUACUGUGUCUGCCACCAGGUGUCCUUUGGAGAUAUGAUUGCCUGUGACAAUGAAAAUUGCGAGGGAGGUGAAUGGUUCCACUACGCAUGUGUUGGUCUGACACCAGAAACGAGGUUCAGGGGAAAAUGGUAUUGUCCAACCUGCAGACUGCUACCUCAAUGUCAAUGAUAAUAUGUACAUGAAUUUCAUUAUUUCAGCUGCUUUCUUGAUUUAUUCCCUCUUGUUGGCAAACACGAGUAUUAUGAUAAGUAAUUUAGUCAAAUAGAGCCAAGUUCUGUUGCAAGUAACAACUCUCCAAUUUCAAUCCUUCAUAGUCCACUGGUUCAGCUUUAUCCGAAUUUACAGCAACAGUGUUCUGGCAAUGCCUUCAAUGCUACUGGUGUGAACUAUAGGCAUGUAUACAAUGAUAACAAAGCUUGCUUGCCACUAAUAUUCAGGAUCAUUUUUUGGUGUUA